AUGGAGCACAGGCUCGCGAGCACGCGGUGGACACCGUUAACCGGGAUGGUGGUGUGCCUUCUGGUGUGCGCGUGUGUGGUGGACCUGGUUCUGGCACAGAUUCGGUACUCCAUCCCCGAGGAGUUGGACCACGGGGCUUUUGUCGGUAAUAUCGCUGAGGACCUCGGUUUGGACGUGGCUAAACUGUCCGCCCGUCGCUUCCGGAUUGUCUCCGGUGCCAAGAAACAGUACUUAGAGGUGAAUCUGGAAAACGGUAUUUUAUUUGUUAACGAGAAGAUCGACCGCGAGGAGCUGUGUGAACGGAACCCGACCUGCUUCUUACACUUGCAAGUGGUGAUCGAGAAUCCGUUAGAACUGUACAGAGUGGAGGUGGAGAUUUUGGAUGUGAACGACAACUCUCCCAGCUUCCCGUGGAGCGAGUUCAAUCUGGAGAUUACAGAGUCAGCGGCGCCCGGGUCCCGGUUCCCGUUGGAGAGCGCGCAGGACCAGGACGUGGGCACCAACUCGCUCCGAUCCUACCAGCUGAGCUCCAACGAGCACUUUGUACUAAACAUCCAGACACGUAAUGACGGGAGCAAGUUUGCCGAGCUCGUGCUGGGGACCCCGCUGGACAGGGAGCAGCAGAAGACGCACGAGAUGGUGCUCACAGCCGUGGACGGGGGGUCGCCAGAGCGUUCGGGCACGGCUCUCAUCACCAUCACGGUACUGGAUGCCAACGACAACGUGCCAGUUUUCGACCGGUCUGUUUACCGGGCGAGCCUGGUAGAAAACGCACCGAGAGGGACUUUAGUGCUGAAGCUAAAUGCCACUGAUUUGGACGAGGGUGCGAACGGGGAGGUCUCAUACGCGUUCAGUGGGCACGCACCCCUCAAAGUGCGCGAGCUGUUCAGCGUGGACCAGUAUACGGGUGAGAUCAGAGUGAAGGGGAUUGUGGACUAUGAGAAAGCGAGUGUUUAUGAGCUGUAUGUGCAGGCUAAAGACAGGGGUCCCUCAGCAGUGGCCGUGCACAGUAAGGUACUGGUGGAUGUCUUAGAUGUGAAUGAUAACGCGCCGGAAGUCAUCCUCACCUCCGUGUCCACACCUGUCCAGGAAGACGCGCCACCGGGCACGGUGAUAGCCGUUAUAAGUGUCAUGGACCGGGAUUCGGGAGAGAACGGGAAUGUGGACUGCCAUAUCCCCAGCAACGUCCCCUUCCAGCUCCACUCCUCUUUUAAGAACUACUACACUCUGGUGACUAGCGAGUUUCUCGACAGAGAAGCCGUCUCCGAGUACAACAUCACCCUCACGGCCCGGGACCUGGGCUCCCCGUCUCUCUCCACUCGGAAAACCAUCCUCGUCCAAGUGUCUGAUAUUAAUGAUAACCCCCCGCGCUUCGCACAGCCAUCAUACACCGUUUAUGUGACCGAGAAUAAUGCCCCGGGCGCAUUCAUUUGCUCAGUCACUGCUUUCGACCCUGAUUCUAAUCAGAACGCCUAUCUGUCCUAUUCGAUUCUAGAGGGUCAGAUCCAGGGCAUGCCCGUUUCCACUUACGUCUCCAUCAACUCGGACAACGGAAACAUUUACGCGCUGCGCUCCUUUGACUAUGAGCAGCUAAGGAACUUUCAGAUACGGGUGCAGGCGCAGGACGCCGGUUUCCCUCCGCUCAGCAGCAAUGUCACGGUAAAUGUGUUCGUUUUGGACCAGAAUGAUAAUGCUCCGGUUAUCGUGUCCCCAUUGCCCAAGAACGGGACCGUGGCGACAGAGGUAGUCCCGAGGUCAGUGGAUGCGGGGCACUUAGUCGCCAAGAUCACUGCGCUAGAUGCGGACGCAGGACAAAACUCGCGCCUCUCCUACCAGGUGCUCCAGGCUACGGACCCGGGGCUGUUCAGUGUCGCCCUCUACACGGGAGAAAUAAGGACGAUUCGCCGGUUCGUGGAUAAGGACGCUACGAGGCAGAGAGUCGUCAUCCUGGUCAAGGACAACGGGCAGCCGCCUCUCUCCGCCACCGUCUCUAUCCUCCUCUCCGUGGUUGACAACGUGCCGGAGUCCCUGUCUGAUUUCGGCGACCUCACUCUGAGCCCCCAGCCCCCCUCCAACCUCGCCCUCUACUUGAUCGUGUCACUGAGCACCAUCUCGCUAAUCUUCCUGGUGGCUAUUAUCGUCCUGGCUGCGGUCAAGUGUUACAAGGACAGAGAGACCAUCAGUGGGUAUAACCUCCCCCCCUUCGCCUGCUGCUGUUGCGGGGGCUUCCAGCCAGAGCCGCCCCCGGAGGUGUUCAAGAAAUCUAACCUAAACCUGCAGAUCUCCACCGGGGCGAAGGUGCCCACCAACUGCAUGGAGGUCAAUGGCAACGGUACUCUGUCCCAAGCCUACUGUUAUAAAGUAUGUCUGACCCCCGAGUCAGCUAAGAGUGACUUUAUGUUCCUGAAGCCGUGCAGCCCCAUUAGCACCCCGAGGAACAACGAGGCAAAGGGGGCUGAUAACUUGGCUUGGAGCGCGCACCACCGGAGCUCAUCGGUGAACAACCAUUCCGGAGCCACCACUCCAAAUGAGCUCAAGCAACCAAACACAGACUGGACCCUCACAAAGAAUCAGAACUCCUCUUUGAAAAGCUGUAACUCUAUCAACAUGGAUGGCAUUCUGAUGAGGAAGGCCAUGCAUGCAGACCCAGAGAACUACAUGACACCCAUGACUGGCCAGUACUGGACCUGGGGCACCCACAUGAGGGACUACAAGAUGUCUCCUCCUGCCACUGGGCCUCCUCCUCGCUCUUGGACCCCCCGGUGCACCCCUCCACCCCAGCAACAGCCCCAAACCCAGCAGCCUCCACUCCCCCCACACCCCCACCCUCAUCCUCACCCUCACCCCCACCCACCUCCAGACUACCAGCAUAACGUGUACAUCCCGGGCACGCCGUCGGCCCUGUGCACCCUGAGGCCAGCAGCCACCCACCACCGCAGCGAGCUGGACGUCCACAACUCCUUCUCUACCUUUGGCAAGAAGAGACGCUUCAUCCACAACUACGAGCCCCAGACAGACGCAGCAGCUGUCAUCAACAAUGACCUGUAUAAUGAUUAA